AUGCCUUUGGCUGAUACAACAAAAACAAAUAUAGAUGAACAUUUCCCCAGUGUGGCAUUAGAAAACAACAGGAAGUCUGCAGAAUGCAAGAGAAGCCCAGGCACAGGUGAUUUUUCAAGGAACAGUAAUGCUUCUGAUAAGAGUGUUGAUUAUAGCCGAUCUCAGUGCUCCUGCAGAAGUUUAAAUUCUCACUAUGAUUAUUCAGAAGACUUUCUCUCGGAUUAUUCAGAAACUGCCAUUAAUAGAAAUUAUUUAGAGCAGCCCAUGGUAAAAGAAAAGAAGGAGGAGAAGAAAAAGCAUACUGUUUCUAAAAUCUCCCAACCUGAAGGCCAGAAGGAAAUCCCAGUUGGAAAAAAGCACACCUCGAACGCCUCAGUUUUUAAUUCUCAAAUCAAUAUGAUUACCCAAAGAAGAGAUGCUACGGCUCAUCGAAUACUCUCAGCAAGGCUUCAUAAGAUUAAAGAACUAAGGAAUGAAUUAGCCGAUAUACAUCGUAAAUCAGAAGCCAUCAUCAUAGAAAACCAAUUUUUGAAACAACUUCAGCUUAGGCACUUGAAAGCUAUAGGAAAAUACGAGAAUUCAAAAAAUAAUCUACCUCAAAUUAUGGUUAACCAUCAGAAUGAAGUAAAAAAUUUAAGGCAACUACUUAGGAAAUCCCAGGAAAAGGAACGAACUGUAUCCAGGAAACUUAGAGAGACUGACAACGAGUUACUGAGGACUAAAGAUGCCUUGCAGGCACUACAGAGACUUUCUGAAGACAAAAAUCUUGCAGAAAGGGAAGAACUUACUCAAAGAUUAUCUGUUCUUACGACAAAAAUGGAGGCAAAUGACAACAAAAUACAGAGCUUGGAAAAACAACUGAGGUUGAACAGUAGAGCCUUUAGUAGGCAGUUGGCUGUUGAAAAUCGGAAGAUUUUAGGAGCUCAAACAGCUACCAAGACUCUGCAAGUGGAAGUAAAACGCCUCCAACAAAAACUUAAGGAGAAGGAUCGUGAACUUGAAAUUAAAAACAUCUAUACUAAUCGAAUACUUAAAAAUUUAUAUGAUAAAGAAGAUUAUCCAAAAGUUUCUUCAACAAAAUCAGUACAAGCAGACAGAAAAAGUUUGUCAUUUACAAGUAUGAGACACCAGGAAACCCAAAAAUCAGAUGAUGUUCCAUCUUUGACAACUAAGGGUAAAAAGGCAACAGGAAACAUUGGUUAUAAAGAAAAAUCAACUGAAAUAAACCAUGAAAUUUCUUACUAUAUCAGUAAACUACUAAAGCAAGAGGAUUCUAAGAGAAAACAUGAAGGUUGGCUUCUCACCCUGUGGCCAAAAUGUAUCCUGUGUGGUAAGGAGACGCUGGAAGCUGGUGUCCAGGGCCUCCACGCUGCUGCUGCUGCGUUCCGUGUCGUGUCCUUCCUAAAAGCUAAGUAA